UUACGACGGAACAUUGAACAUCAGUCGGCUUUGACAGCUCGAAGUGAUCUUCUAACGUCUAAAUUUAACACAGACCACGUUCACAAUGAGAUCGCUGGUGGUGUUCGUUGCAGCGUUGACGCUGGCAGCUGCCGCACCUAGCGGUGAGCCUGGCCUGAAGAAGAGGUCUAUUGGACAUGCGGUUGCCUACACCGUACCGACGUCCGUACUCGCGACUGAGGUAGUCGAGCCCGUGGUGUACUCUAGUCCUUCCGUCUACGCUCCCGCCGCUACAGUAUACUCGACAGGGUCAGCCGUGUCUCACCAGUCGAGAGUGGACGUGCGUACUUCUCCUACAGUGGUCGCCACCUCCCCUGCCGUGGUUGCAGCCUCACCCGCUGUUGUCGAAGCUCGCUCCGUGUACUCUGCGCCCCUGUACGCCGCUCCCGCCGCCGUCUCCCAUCAGUCCCGCUACGACGUUCGCAGCUCCCCGGCGCUGUUGACCGAGCAGGUGGUGGCUCCUGCCGUCUACAACCAGCAGCUUGUGGCAGCUCCCGCUGUCGUCGACGCUCGCUCGCUCUGGACCCCAUCAGUCUACACCACUUCUUGGUAAACAUUGUAACUACAUAAAACAAUGAAUCGUUGAAUUUAUUUUAAUUUUUUAAACUUGAUUCUUGAUCGCUUAAAAUAGAUGCAGUGAUUUUGUAACUUUCAAACACAUGUAAUUUUAAAUAAAAGAUUUAUCUUUCAAAA